AUGACCCCUACCUCCCCUUUCGACACACUACCGUCCGACCGCGGGGAUGACGCCGUAUGGUGUCGACGCAUCCUCACUGACCUUCCCUUCGCCGGUAACGUCCUCAACAAUCCCAUACACAAGGGCUACUCGUGGCGCGCAAGUGUCGGCCUCAGAUCAACCCGCCUCCUCCUUUGCGGUGCUCCCCGCCGACCCACCAGCACUCCAGGAGGGAAUGGCUCGCACCCAGCAUGGGACACAACCGACGACAUCAAGUGGCCUCCCACUAACGCAGUGUACACGCCAACAGCCCUCGCAAAGGAGCCCCACGCCAGCAUGUGGGGACCAGACGUCGGGCCAGCUGGGCGUGUCCUCCACGACAACGACCAGCCGCUGGCCAUCGUCGAGGUGCAUCACGUCUCCACCAACCAGAACGUUCGUGUCAUCGCCCGUGACGUGAACGGUGGACUAUGGCUCCGAGAUACCUUGCCUGGACCUGAGCCCCUCAGUUACCCCGGCCUAGUUCGGCUUGCGCUCCCGUUCCGCGCAGUCAUGGCCGAGCCCACGGCGCAGGGACUGGUUGUCCUCGAUGACAAGCACGGCUUGUGGGAGUUUGACCCGCUGUACUGCGCUGUAAUCCCGCGCAAGCUACCGCCCCUGGCCAAGGACGAACGAGUCUCCAAACUCGUCGCUACUGGCGGCGCGGGUAUCGUUCUCCUGACAACUCAUGGCGGCCUGUGGUGGGGCCACGACGCAACAGUCAAGCACUUUGAGAACAGGCAGUGCACGGCAUGGACCGAGUACGCAGCCGAGUGCGAACUGGAUGGGCGUGGACCUGGGCGUGCUAGGCCCACCUCGCCGCGGGAUGGUUGGGAAUGGCCAGGCCUGAACGCGUUCCAGGCUGUGCGCCGCAUGUCUCGAGGAUCCGGAGGGUCGCGCUCCCCCAUGUCCCCCAUGUCCCCGCCUCCUCCACCGCCGUUUCCAGGUCGAUGUACCCACCCCGUUGAGGUGGUCAAAUGCAACCAAAGUCCUGGAUGGCACAAGCUUCGCAGCAUCCCCGGCACCGGGCGGGGCUCGCUCCUCUCACGCGUUGUCGACGUCGCCAAAACCGGCAUCGACCCGGACCGGCAGCUCGUCGUGGCGCUCACGUCGGCCGGCGAUGUUUGGGCGCGCAUGGCUGAUUCCUUGGGCCGUGCCGCUCAUGAUGCAGGCAGUGCCACGCAGGAGGCGGGAUGGGAGUUCCUCCCCCACAUGAGCUCCAACACGAUGACACACGUUACCGCGGGCCCUUCGCCCCACUUGAGCGCCUUCCGAACCCCUUACGUCUCGAUUGCUGCGUUCGGUGCGUCAGAUGUGCUUCCUGGCGAGAGUCCCCUUCGCAUUGCCCGUCUUGGCGCUUCGGACCUUGACAAGCUCGGGCUGGCUCGAGGCGUCGGCCCGCGCAUCACUUCGGAUCAUCUUCCGCCCUUCUUGGCCGACACGGGCGUUGCCGAAGUCGCGCUCGGCCGCAACCACACAGUCGUCCUCACCCACGCCGGCGAGAUGUACAUCUGGGGUGACAACGAAAACGGGCAGUGUGGGCUCGGCCGCGGCGGUGGCAAGGUGCGCACACCAACCAAGGUGCCGCUGGCGCCUGAUGAAACGGAGACAGUGCCAUUUGUGGUGCAUGUGAGCGUGAGCGACUGGGGAACGUGCGCGGUGACGUUCCCACCUGUCCCAUCGUGGCUCUGUGGCAACGCCGGGCCAGAGUCGGCGGCCGACAUGCUGGGCCUCGGGUGGGGCCAGUCGGACGAUGUGAUGCCCAAGGGUCAAGGUCUGCGUGCGAGCCUCCGCCGGAGCCUGUCUAAUAGGGCCAAACGCUUUUCACUCUCGGCUGAUUCGAACACUGCCAACAACGCAAUUGUGUCCUAG